CAACAAUAACAACAAGAAAAAGCGCCAGCUACACAUGACCACAUACAAACAAACGUUAUAGUAAUCACAAAAACAACAACAAUAUGGAAAAAUAUUAAAAACAAAAAUACAAAAAAAAAAAACAACAUUCACAACAAACACUCCACACACAGUCUAAGAUCAACGGCAAGAUUGAACGGCCUGCAGUAUCUCGCCUAUAAACAUUGCGAGCAGUUUAAUAAAAUAAAAAAAAAUUGUGAGAAAAAGACCUAAUAAACGUAAAAAUUUCGGGAAAAUAACAAAUUAUUCAUAAAAUAAUAAUAAUUUCUCUUUAGUGUUUGGAAAAAAGAAGAAGAAGCCAAAAGAAGAAUGAAAUAGUAAAUGUCAUUCAUUGUGUUUUGUGUGUCAACCUUUGUUAGCAAAAAAUAAAGAAAAGUGUUUAAAUCUUUUUAAAGAAAAAUAAAUAAAAUAAAUUAAAAGUGUGUUAAAUUAUAAAAUAAACAAACAAACAACAACUCAUCCAUCCAUUUUGUGUUGAAAAUAAAGUUUCUUUUUAAAAGAAUCAGAAAAAAAGUUUAUAAAUAAAAUGCAAAAAAAAGCAAAUGAAUCAACAAGUUAAAAUUUAGUUACACGUAACAACAACAACAAUAAUAACAAAGAAAAAACUUUACUUCCAACAUAACCUCCAGUAGCACCCCUCUACUCUUCUUAAUCAUAAAAUUUAGUUACAAAAUCACUAUUUGCAGCAGCAUUAACCGUAAGCAGCGCCACGAAAAAAAAAAAACAAACAUGAUUUUGCAAAACAGUUUGUAGUGAAGCAAAAAAAAAAAAAAAACAACAGUGAACAAAAACAAUCUUCAUCCCAGUGACCUAAAACUAAACGAAAAAAAAGAAAACUUUAAAAUUUAUAAGAAAACCAGCUAAAACCACUUGAAAAAAACUUUAACAGAUAAUGCUCAUGAGUUGCAGUCACGUUUGUAAAAACCAAUAACUACUUUUUAGUUUUUCCUUUAAUUUUCCCCUCCAAACAAACUUAUUCAACUACCACCAACAAACUUGCUAACCAAACGUAUAACUAGAAGAUUGACUGACUGACUAAAGGACUUGGACUGACUGUCUUACUAUAAUUUUCUAAAUUUAAACUUUAACUGUCAUUUUAAAAGUACGAAAAAAAACUGACGCAAAUAACUUUGCCACAUUAGUGCAUUUUUUCCAUUUCUUUUUAACAUACUAUGAGUGCUUGGAUGGAAAUAUUGAAUACAAAACAAACGGAAACUAAUAAAACAAAAAGUACUCGACAUUCCGCACACUCAAUUGUGCCAGGUGGUGGUGGAGGUGGUUUAAGAGGUGGCGCUAAACAAGCAAAUCGUCGUCAAAAACGUUUAAGAAAACACACGGGAAAUAAUCCUUCAGUGCAAAUAACUGCAGGCAAAUCCACGACAACAAAGAAAACAACACCUGGUUUAUUACAGACAUUAACGUCAAAAUUAACGGGUACAGAAAAAUCUGUACGUUACGUGGCCUUACAUCAGGCAGACUUAGAGCAGGGCUCUCCUCUAACUAACGUCGACAACGAUAGUGAUCGUGAUCUAGAUACUAGUAGUUCACAAAAUUCAUUGGCUGGCAGUGGCAGCGAUAGCAGUAGCAGCGUAGAAGAUUUAUUUGUAGCAACUAAUUCAAGGCGUAAACAACGUCGUAAAAUGACGCGCAAGGGAACCUAUUCGAUGCGUGAAACCUUUGAAAAUAGUAGACAGGUAAGAAUUGAAUUAUGAUUUUAUCUAUUUAUGGGUCUUUUUCAACUACAUAUAAAGUAGAUAAUCACAUAUAUAUAUAAUUUAAAAGUCGUCAUAUGAACAUAUACAUGUACAUACAUAUACAUAUAUCUCUUUGUAUGUGUUUAUCUUAAUAUCUAAAAAAUAUCUCUGGUAAGUUGU